AUCCAGAAAGGGUGAGAUUGAUAAGUGGGACUUUUUGGCCUAAUUAGGCAAGCACGCCAAACCUAACCUGAAGGACAAGGCUAUGGGGGGACUUUUACCCCAGAUUCGACCAAAGUGCAACUAACUGCAUCGAGGAUUUCCCAAUUGCAAGCACUCGGAAGACGUGGUGGCGCUAUCAGGUUGCAUUUCUUAGGCGGACCGAGCUCACCGCUGAAAGACAACAGCACGUAAUCUCAGCCUCAGGGUAUGAGUCGUUCAUGGUGCAGCCGCGUCUUGUAAACAGUUUCAGCAACACUUUCUAGACAGAAAGGCGAGAGCACAAGAUGUCGGAGGUCAAGAUCGCUCGCAUCGACGUCUUCCAGGUUGAUCUGCCCUACGUCGGGCAAGUCUAUCGUCUCUCCGGUGGUCGCGAAUACACCAGCUUCGAUGCUACAAUCGUUCGCAUAACCACUCAAAAUGGCAUCGAGGGUUGGGGAGAAAGCACUCCCUUUGGAUCGACCUAUGUCGCAGCCCAUGCGCUCGGUGUCCGGGCUGGAAUUGUAGAGAUCGCGCCCAAGCUGCUUGGGCUCGGCCCGCGGAGGGUGGAUCGCAUCAACGACGCCAUGGAUGCUGCGCUCCUUAGUCACGAACAUGCAAAGGCAGCUCUGGACGUGGCUUGCUGGGACAUUUUGGGCAAAUCGGUUGGGCUCCCUGUGUGCGACCUCCUCGGCGGCCGCACCGAUGUCAAGUUGCCCCUCAUUUCCUCCAUCCCUGUGGGUGAACCGGAAACGAUGCGCAAACACGUUGGCAAAUUUCGUGCGAAGGGUUAUGUGGGCCAUUCGGUCAAGAUCGAUGGGGAGCCCAAAAUGGACGCAGAACGCAUCGCAGCGGCUCUCGCCGACAAGGAGCCUCAUGAGUUCUUCAUUGUCGAUGCCAACGGCGGGUUGACUGUCGAAACCGGGUUGAGGAUGCUGAGAUUACUGCCGGAUGGACUGGAUUUCGUCCUGGAAGCCCCUUGUGCGACCUGGCGAGAAUGUGUGUCUCUCAGGCGCCGGAGUAACAUACCUAUCUUCUUCGACGAGCUGGCCACUAACGACUCCUCAAUUGCGAAACUCAUUGCCGAUGAUGCGGCAGAAGGCUUUGACCUCAAGAUUUCUAAGGCGGGCGGUUUGACCAAAGGUCGUCGUCAACGAGAUAUUGGUCUGGCUGCAGGAUACUCCAUAGGCGUACAGGACACUGUUGGCUCGGACAUUGUAUUUGCGGCCAUUGUUCAUAUGGCGCAGACAAUCCCGGAACGUCAUCUGCGUUGCAUUCUCGAUACGCGUGAUAUGGUAACUCUCAGGACGGCGGAUGCGGACUAUCAGAUGCACGGCGGCCGUGUCAUUGCGCCGACGACACCCGGCUUGGGAAUAACACCAAGGCUGAACGUUUUGGGAGAGCCGGUCGCCAGCUAUUCCUAAGCCGGUGCAAUGUGCCUACAUUACGACACAGUCAAAGGUGUGAUCUAGAUUAGAAAUCAUUCAAACUCAGCAGUCCAGGCACUCCAGGUCGAUGUCAAUUGCAGGGAGACUAUGCCGGAUCCGGCCUCAAAGUCCGCCGGAACAUCA